AUGUGCCGCAGUUUAUCUGCCAAGCAGCGGCUGAACCGCGUGGUGUUUGGCCAUGAGAGGAGCCAUGCAUGGGAGGCAGCUGUGGCCCUCCUGGAAUCCGCCGAGCUUAGCAUUGUGGCAUACACUUCUAUACUCAGUGCCUGUGGCAAAGCCCAACAGUGGCAACUUGUCCUUCAACUUCUACCAGUCGCACAGCGCCGCCGCCUGCAGCUAGACGCAGUGGCCUUUAAUGCUGUGCUGGCUGCCCUUGCUCGCGCAGGCAAGGGUCAGGAGUGUCAAAAGAUGAUGGGCGGGGCUGGCGGCCGCUGGGGUGGAGCUCAGGGCAGCCCAGAGCACAAGUGGAAGGCCAAAGUUGCCCAACGCAUCAUUGCCUACAAUACGACGAUCGUGGCCUUGGGCAACGAGUCCUUGUGGCAGCAAGCGAUAUCGGUACUUGAAUCCAUGCCGAGGCAGAGGCUCAAACCUACCUUGGCAUCGUGGCUGGGUGGCUUGAGCGCGCUGCGGAGGGUGGCCCAUUGGUCGCAUGCGCUGCAGCUGCUUUUGAGGCGGCAACCUGUUGAUAUCGCGAGCUUCAAUGCUUGCUUGGCAGUGUGCCAGGCCGCUGCCCAAUGGGAGGUGGCGUUGGAGGUUUGCAAAGGGCGAGGCCUGGAUUUGGUGGGGCUCAACACCCUCCUGGCCGCCUUUGCUGGAGGAAGUGAAUGGCAGCGGAGUCUUCACUACUUAGCUCGCCAAGGACUUGAUGUCAUAAGUUUCAACUCAGCCUUAAGCGCUCUGGCUGCGGCGCGCUGCUGGGACCAUGCUUUAGCGCUUCUGGAAAGCAUGCAAGACCCUAUGCCCAACGUGGUGUCUUACAACACUGCCAUUAGUUCUUGUGCUGACGGCGAAGGAGAAGAGUGGUGGCAUGCUUUGGCCCUUUUUGUAAAGAUGAAGUCUGCGCAUUUGGUCCCGGACUUAAUCACCUUCAACACGAGCAUGGCAGUGGGGGGAUGGAGGGCUGCCCUGCAGCUGCUGGAGGAGCUCGGCUCCAUGGCGGAUUCCACCAGUUACUCAACAGCUCUUAGCUCUUUGGGGAGCGCAUGGAAGUGGCGGCAGUGUUUGGCGCUGCUCGAAACCAUGGAGGUCCGCAAUCUGCAGCAGGAUUUGCUCGUUCAUUUGGUUGCUUGGCAGGCCCUUGCUGCUGCUGCUCCUGCGCCGCUGCUGGCAAAUGUGCUGCGGCGUGCUGUGUCAGAGGCUUCGUCGUCCAUGAGUUACUCACCACUGGGUGGCGAGGCGCUGAUGCAGUAUGCUUUGCUUGCGCGUGCAGUUGCCUCACUAGGCGGUGAUUAUCUCUGGCUUGUGGCGAUCUGCGACCAUCAACAUGCACAGACUUCCUGGGCCUUGAAGGGAGCCUCAGGCCAAUUGAGGCUGCAGGUGAGCCGCCUUCGGGAUUUACAUCUGGAGGGGCUGCUUUGCUUGCCUGACGUCGCAGUGCGACCAUUGCUGGAGGUUCGCCACCUUCGGGGGCAGAAAAAGGGGACGUCACACAUCAUGGGCGCCUGGGAGCUGCCUUUCAAGCACGAACUAGAACGAAGACUCAAAAAGACUGCACGUAGAGUAUGA